AUGUCGAAUUUUGUUUCGACGGACAGUGUUGACAACCACUCACCAUUCUGUAGCUCUCAACAGCCUCCAGGCUGCACACCACUGCCUUCUGUCACUGCAGUGACAUCAUCCGAGUCCGACGUGCGAUUCUCUGCUUCGUCAGACGUCACGCAUCCCUGCACCCAGGUGUUGCCCCCCUUCUGCAACCCCCAGCAUGGCUAUGCUGUCCUACCACCAUCUUUGCCUUUCUCUCGCACCACUGACUGGGAGGCCCGACUACGUGACGACUGCCGCAAGCAGUUUCACGCUCGACUCGAGCGUCGAAAGCUCAAUGAUCCUUACAGUAAGAUAGCCUGUCGAGAACGCACUCACGCAUUGGAGCAGUAUAUCCAUGAUGUCUCCAAGAGCACUGCAAAGAUACGACAAUCCAUGGAGAGGAGCAAAGAGGAGCAUGAGCACUGGAUGAGGAAGCAGGAGAAGAAGUUGCAGAAGAUCGUUGAUGUUCGUCUAGCAAAAGAACAGAGGGAGAAGGAUUGUGCAGAUCAACGAGACUGGCGAGAGUUCAUUGGCAGUCAAAGGGCAUGGGCAAGUUGUGAGGCCCAGGUUAAGCGAUUUGAUGAGAGCCUCAGGGAGGGACCACCACCAGGUUGGAAGUUGCCUGAAGGCUGGACACGUUCUCUUCCACCCACAUGCAAACUCUUUUAG